CCAGUCUUGUUGUCUUGUGGUUCCUCUAUAUCCUAACUGGGAAUUAAGAUCGGAUCGGUUAGUUCACUGUUGUACGUUGUCCCGGUCGUUCAAGUUCCAACGAUUUGUUAGUCACGAUAUCGUUGCUCCAUUUAAAAACCGGCAAUAUUCAUCAGCAUAUUUAUCGACAAAUACAGUCAGUACGAAUGUCGUUGCUCGGCAGUAAGAUCGUUGAGUUUAUGUUCAAAACACGAUGAAAGAUAAAAUCAUGUAAAAUUGAUCAAUUUUUUUUCUCAAUUCGGAUCUGUUCGGGAGUUAAUUGUUUUUUGGAUUAAUAAGUUGUAAAUAUGCAGCGAUUGAUAGUGUAUCUAGUCUUUAUAGUACUAGUACUUAGUUAUCUAAUAGACGGACUAAAAAUUGAUAACCGCAAGAAAAUUGCCAGGAAUAAUGCAAAUAAGGUUGCUUUAAGGACAAAGGCUAAUUUUACAAGAAAUCACACUGUGAGACCUGUAUUCAAAUUUUCUACGACUAGUACACCAAAGGCUAUUUUUAGUACUGUUAAGCUUGGUGAAUUAACAGCUACUAACAAAUUACCAAUUACUGAUCUAGAAUUAGCUGAUGCUGAAGCAAGAGACCGUCCAAAAAAGAAAGGUAAACAUAAAAUGAAUCGCGCAGUAAUGGCACUUCUUCUGGCAUACAAGCUAAAAUUUGCUGCUCUCAUUCCUUCAAUCAUAAUGGGCCUAUUCUUACUACUUGGUACCACUGGACUAGCUGGUUUCUUCUUCGCACUGUUCGCCGCCAUACUUGGACUAAAAGGCCAAUAACCAAAUAAUAAACCAUCAAUAUAAGUCACAUAAGUAACUACAUCAAUAAAAAAAAAAAAAAAAAAAAAAAAAAAA